AAGCUGUUUCCUAGAACACUGUCUGUACUGGAAGUGAACUGCUGUCAGCGGUGCUGCAGUACCCGAGAGGCUUUAGGACCGUGAGCUCCAGUCGGCAAGAAGCUACAGCAUUUCCGCAAAUCCACGGGACUGUAAAAAGUGUGAUAUUCCAGUAGAGGAAAAACUAAUAACACUCCUUUGUUGUUUGCAAACGCCUGCUAGACUUGGCGUCAUGCGACAGCAGCCGGAAGUGGGAAAAGACAAUUGGUGCGGACGGGGACGUGUACAGCCGCCCUGAGUCAAAAAGCAAAUGGAUAAAACGCACCUGCAAAUAACAAAUCAUUCGAAAGCAUCUGCGACAUCCUGUCGUCCAUCCACUGUGUGCACCCUUAUGAGCCCAGUCAUCAGAUUUUCAAUGGCAUGGAACAGAAUGCAUUCAUUUCUCCUUUCAUAAAAAUUACCUUUGCAUAUGGACUUUACAUACACCAUCCCUUUGAUGAAAGUGAGGACAAGGACCUCACCUUUAAAAAAGGUGCCCCCAUUUCUCAUAAUCAAACUGGCUCUUGUUAGUAUUUUACAUCACUCUAUUAUACCAUUGUGGCUAUGCAACAGCCAGGCAAGACCAAAGGCUUUUUAUGCAAGCACUGUGGUAUAGCAUGUUCCAGCAUGCCCAGUCUUUUAGAGCACACAGAAACCUGUCAUCAGUCCGAGGAUGAUCGGAAAUUCAAAUGUGAUGAAUGUGGACGGGGAUACAGGCACGCUGGUAGUUUGGCGAAUCAUAAGAAAACUCAUGACAUUGGCUCUUUCCAGUGUCACAUAUGUGCUCGGAAGCUAUCCAACGCAUUGGCUCUCAAAAGUCAUUUGCGUAUUCACACCUCACGAAAGAAGUAUACUUGCAUGGACUGUGGUAAAGGCUUUCGCCUCGCAACCCAACUGGCAACUCACCAAAAGGUGCAUCGGAAUAGAGAGUUUCAGGGAAGAACCAAGAACAGUGAGCUGAAACGUAAUCAGGCUGGAGGCAUUUAUGAUGACGAGCAACUACAGCAAGUAGAUGAGCAAGAUUUCGAUAUGAUCCCAGAACUGCCAUCAGACUUAGAGUUGGAUGUUGCCCCUGAUAAUGGCUUCAGCAAUGGUUUGAUGUCAGAGCUGAUUCCAAGCUCUACUGCUGAACAUGACACCACUGGUGAUGAUGAGGACCGGCCAUUUAAAUGCGACAUGUGUGAGAAGACAUAUAGGCAUCAUGGAAGCCUGAUAAAUCACAAGAAAACUCAUCAGAUGGGCAUAUUUGAAUGUUCGGUCUGUUUCAAACAGUUCAACAAUCUUGCUGCCCUUACCAGUCACCAACGAAUCCACAGUAAAACUAGAGGUCAUCCCAGCACGGUUAGCCCAUUGACCCCUGAGGCAUACACAGACUCUGCGUCAGAACAGGUGUCAAACGUAUUGCACAAUGGGGCCACAAAUAUCCAUUUCUGCCAUCUUUGUCAAUCAGCAUUUCCUAACGAUGAUGAGUUUCAAAAUCACAUUAUGUUGCAUAACUCUUCUUCAGUGUCCUUUGAGCUCCCUGCUAGCACACCAGAGGACCAUCCUUUUUCAUAUAGUAUUAAUCAGUCACCUGACUCUAAUCCAUAUCCAUCCUCCAGUGACACUCCACCAUUGCCUCCGUUACUCGAUAAGGCUGUUGAUUAUGACCAAACCCAGGGACCAAUGGAAAAUGGUCAUAUAUAUGUACCUCACCCCAUUGGUGAUGAACCAACUCUUUUAGAUACUCAGGGAGAGCAUCUGGCCCUGCCUUCAGAAAACCUCAACCCUGAACCUUUGGAGCAAGCUACUGAUGAUAAACAAGAUCAGUCUGGUAGCUCAGACCGCCGUUUUAAAUGUCACAUUUGUGGCAAGAGCUACCGACAUGCAGGUAGCCUCAUCAACCACAAGCGCUCCCAUCAGACAGGUAUUUUCCAGUGCUCUAUUUGCCGUAAGAAUUACCCACAUCUGGCUGCCCUGCGCAGCCACCUUCGCAUCCACAAGGGGAGACCUUCUAUGGUGAUCCCCACUGCUGAAGGUGACUGGCUUUCCUCAGAGCCCCUGACACAUGAAAAUCAGCAAGGAGGCUUUCCUCAUGAAGGUGAUGUAAGUGGUAUUCUGGGCCUUCCUCAGGAUUUGGGAGACUCUGUACACAUGAAUUCUGAUGAGGAGAAUAUCAACGAUCUUGAUGGCUCAGAAUUCCAAGAACAGUUUGACAGUUCGUUCUCUGAGGACAGACACAUGGACCUACCUCAGGAUGAAGCCCUCAUGGAGAGGCACAUGUGUGCAGACUGUGGAAAGACAUUUACUGAUAUUGCAGGGAUCAAGUCACACACGUGCCCUCUCUUGAAUCAGCAGUAUCAGUCAAACAGUAUCAGUCCAGACUGUGAAAUGGACUUUAAGACUGCAGAUUAUAAACAUGCUGUGGGAGAUUCAGGGGAGCAAAUGGCUUUUGAGGGACACAAUGGUGGUGACAUUACUUACUUUCAUGACACUAUGCAUGAUCAGAUGAUGAGUGACAAUGAAGAAAAGCUUCACUGCAAAAAUAGCGAUGAAGAGGACGAGGAGGAUGAUGGAGAGAUGUAUCAGUGUUCAGUGUGUGGGAACCACUACACCAGCAUGCGGGCGCUCAGGAGCCAUCUCCGUGGUCACACUCAAAUCCAUGGAACCCCAUCAACAUCAGGCCCCUCCUCUAUGUCCUCCCUUGAGGCUGAGAAAGAUGAUGAACCAGGUCAGGUCCAGCAAGGUGACUGUGAUCUGAUUAUCUGUAGCACUUGUGGAGAAAGUUUCACAAAAAAACAGGACCUACUAGCCCAUCAGCUUUUACAUAGCAAUACAGAGGUUGGACACCCAGAAGAAUAUGUAACACAAAACCAGAAUGGGCUCCAACCAAAAGAAGAAAGGGAGAGUAUUAUCUGUGGGACAUGUGGUGUAGUCUGUACCAGUGUUGCUCAACUUGAGAGCCAUAAUUGCCCUGGACAGUGUGAUGAGAAUCUUGAGGAGUAUGAUGAAAAAACAGAUAUUGUCAAUGCUCUCGGACAAGAGCCUGAAUAUUUGAAGGAGAGUCCUGACAGUGGAGCGAGACUGUACAAAUGUGACCAGUGUGGACGUUCAUACAGACAUGCAGGCUCACUUCUAAAUCACAAGAAGUCACACAAAACGGGGGUGUUCCGUUGCUUUGUUUGUCAGAAGCGCUUUUACAACUUGUUGGCCCUUAAGAACCACCAGAGAACACAUUUUGAUGUUAAGAAGCAUAGUUGCACAGAAUGUGGGAAAGCUUUCAAAAUCCACAAACAACUGCUGAACCAUCAGAGAGUUCAUCGGGAAAACAAGGCCAAGAUUGAGGAACUCAACAAACAGAUACAGGCCCUCAUGGAGAUGAGUGGGAGUGUCUCUGUGAGUGGGAUGCAGGCGGUCAAUGCCAGCAGAAAAAGACGCGGCCGACGCCGCAAGCAAAAAGACAUUCCUGGUAGUGAACAGUCCAGCCCAGAAAAAGACAGCCACUCAGGGGAUCCUAAUGACCCACGGCCUUUUGUCUGUGACCAGUGUGGGCGAAGUUAUCGGCACGCUGGGAGUCUGGUCAACCACAAAAACUCGCAUAAGACAGGAGAAUAUUAUUGUGCCGUCUGCAACAAUACCUACAGCAACCAGUUAGCGAUGAAGAACCAUUUACGCAUUCACUUCUCAGUCAAAAAACACUGCUGCCAGGACUGUGGAAAGGCAUUCCGGGGAAAGAAACAAUUACUGAACCAUACUUGUAAACACAAUCGCAAGAAUGCAGCAUUGAAAGCAAAGGGUAGAGGUCGGAGACGGGCAAAGGAUUUAACAUGCAAGAAUUGCAGUCUGGUAUUUCCCACAGCUGAGCAACUUGCAGGCCACACCUGUAGCAAAGAACCUGGCCCUGAGUCUACCCCUGCAAGUACCAACCAUAACCACAAUGGAGAUGCAUCCAUGGUAAAAGAGGAAAGGCCUUUUAAGUGCAACAUUUGUGGUCGAAGCUACCGUCAUGCAGGCAGUCUGUUGAACCAUAAGAACACGCACAAAACCGGCCAUUUCACCUGCUCCUACUGUGCCAAGCCUUUUUCCAAUCCCAUGGCAUUACGUAAUCACACUCGCAUCCACACACAGAAAAAAAAAUAUGUCUGCACAACCUGUGGCAAAGCUUUCCGUCUCUCUAGCAUCCUCUACAACCACCAGAAGAUCCAUGCCAGAGGAGUUACCCAUUAUAGCUGCCAUACAUGUGGGAAGAGGUUUCAGGGAAAAUCUGGACUUAAGAGACAUCGCUGUUACAGAAAUGGCUCAUCAGGCUCCCCUCUCAGUCAGGAUGGAGGUGACAAGUGUUACACGUGUGAUCAGUGUGGACGCUCCUACAGACACGCUGGAUCUCUUCUCAACCAUAAAAAGACUCAUUCUGCUGACCUGCUCCACUGUAGUCUCUGCCUGAAAACCUUCACUGACCAUCUGGAACUCCAGAGCCACUCCCAGAUGGCCCGUCACUGCUGCCCUGAUUGUGGAAAGACCUUUUGCGAGUUUGCACACCUGCAGAGCCACAUGGAGGUUCACAGCAAGGGUCUACCUUAUUACUGCAGUGUUUGCCAGCAGAACUUCCCCAACAUGGCCAGCUUUGAGCAGCACCAGGAGGCUCACCAUAGCAUGCAAGAACAGUCCCGUCAUCAGCAAGACAUUCAGAUGUCACAGAAUUUGGAUUGGGACUCUGGACUUAACCAACAACUGGGGCUCCAAAAUCUCUCCAAAAUGGAUCCAGAGUUUAGCCAAAUGCACGAAGGCUUCUCUGACCAGGAAGAUCAGCAAGAGAGUGGUGAGGCGUUUGAUAAAGAGGAGAAGAGCCAUGUGUGUGAGCACUGUGGGCGUUCAUAUCGGCAUGCCGGAUCCCUGCUCAACCACAAGAACAGCCACAAAACGGGCUCCUUUUUCUGUUCAGUGUGCCAAAAGGAGUUCACCAACCUGAUGGCACUGAAGAACCACAGGCGAAUUCACACAGAGCCCAAGCGCUACCAGUGCCUGGAAUGCGGCAAGGCAUUCCGUGUGUCUACCCAGCUCAUCUGCCACAGACGCAUCCACACUAAAGAGAAGCCUUUCUCCUGCGUUCUCUGUGAUAAGCGCUUCUCCAGCAAGUCCAACCUGCGACACCACCAGAAGUUGCACCAGAAUGCCCAGCAGACCUUUGAGUCCUCCUUCAACAUGGAUCCAAAUGCCUUCAUGGGACUGGGUGUGGAGCCUUUCCUCUGAGGCAGCGUCUGCAGGACCAACACUCUCAUCUCGGCGUUCCAAAGGAAGACGACAAAAUAACAUUUCUGUUAUGGAACUCUUCCCCCACCCAAGGCCCAAUGCCAAUAAUCGUAACACAUCAGGUUUUUCUGCUGUAUUUGUCAAGAUGGUGUCCAAGCCAGAUGCUGUUCUUGGCAGUAGUUGCCUCCUGUACUGUUGUAUUUUCAAAUACUUUUCUUUAAUGGACACUUAAGACUGGCAUUGACGUGAUACUACCUCUGGUAGGGACAGUGAUACUGUAGAAACUUUAGAAUAAGUGAUGGUGCCUGUCAGAAACCAUUUUAGAUUUGAAUGUUUCAAUGUUUUUGUUUUCCUCACAGAGUGCACACAAACUAAAGAAUUAUAUGGUACUAUCAUAGGUCUCAAACUGAGGACUGGGGUAAAAGUAUGGUAUAUUUUCCUAGACUUUACCCCAGCACUGACCCUAGGAGUAGAGUCCGACCGAUUAUUUGGCUGCAUUUUCAAAAGGUUUCGUCAAAGGAAUGACAGUUUGUUGACUUAGGUUGAUAUUUUAGUGAAUAAGAAAGAAGUCCCAUUAUGCAUGUUUUUCCAUGUUUUCAGGAGACUGUAUUCCGUUGUAUCAAUAUAGACAUUUGUUCUAUAAUCACGUCUCAAUUGAGUACAAGCAUCAUUAGUACUUUCAUCACGGGUGAUGCUGUUAAUGCUGUUAAACAGCAAUCGUAGAAUUAUUAGCAGUUCCCUUCGGCCUGCCAAAAAGAAAAUAUCAAUGAUAUUUAUUUAUUUAAAAACUUAUUUAUAGCCCAUGUUAAUAUCUGAACAACUGUUAUCACCAUUUUAAUGUGGUAAAUUUCAUGCAGGGUUUUAGUUGUAACAGGAACUUACCUAGGUAUUUCCACAUAUGGUUGAAGUGUUUUUAUUCCAAAAGCAUUUCAUAGUGAUGUAUCUAAAUGUUGCCAAGUGGUGAAGUUGAGAUUUAUUUUCUCAAUGUGUGAUUUAAUGUAUUCUUUUGAAUAGCAUUUUUAUUUAACCUGCUGUACGUCAGUUCUUCCAAAAAUGAUUGCUGAGCAAACAACUAUGGCUAGACAGUUGAUUGAGAAUGUGUAACCGUACAGAUUGUGAUGAAAGGGACCCAGACAUCCACAAUCGGUCGGGCUCUAUGAUGGGUAGCAACUCCUAGAUGGGGACACUUUUCAGUAGUUUUGAAAUUACUCAGGUUUCACACCUUAAUCACUAAAAAUAAUAUAAAUGAUUAAACCAUAUGAUUUCAUCUGAUGCACAAAGCAUCAAAGGGAAGGUAUAUUUUUGUUUGUCAAGGAUAUGAUUCCCGUUUGUAUUUCUAUGUGCCAUUUCAUAUCAUUGCCCUACUUAGAAUAAAAUGUAUUAGUAGUUUCCACUUAUGCCUAUAUUUCAGUACUUACUGAUUAUUUAAGAAUAGGAGUUGUAGACCUUCGUGGUGGCAUUGAAUAUGAAACUCCACUGACUUCUGAAUCUUUGAGAUUCACUGUAAUCAGUUACAUAUAUCUUAAAUAUAGAAUAUUUAUUUUUGUUCUUACAAUCAGUGUUUCUCUUUCUCAAGUAGAGGACUAAGCAGAUACUGUUUAUUUGUAGAUGUUCUUGCCCUCACUUCCUGGAACUCAAUAAACACAAUGUAAAUGUUA